AUGUUGUUAAGCGUUGCUCGUCCCACAAAUUUUAUUUGGGAACGAGCAGCUACAAUAGGUACUAACUUGCCGCCAAUUGAAGUACCCGACAAAGCCCCAACUGAGCACAAAACGUUAUCACAUGCGCUCUCCCAAGCAGCAACCUUGGGGGCACUUGAACUAGGCUUGACGGGCCCAUAUAAUGCUGCGGAUGCCUCCAACGGAAGUAUCAAGAGCCUGAUGGCCAAGGUCCUUAAAUCUUAUGUGAUGGUCCAAGCUCGGAUUGGCGACAAACAUUUGGCUCAGGAUGGAGCCAUCCAAACUGGCUUCUUACAGCCCUGGCAAACAAGCCUCAAUCUUGGCCUUCAAGCGGCCAUGAAGAGUUGUCAGAACGUCCGAAGUGCUAGAUUGGCAUUUGAUGCGGCCAGACUAGCCCAAAAUAAUUCCCCCGAGGGGCCUAAGAAAGAGCAGGCACGUAUAGAAGAUGACAAUGCAGAAGAGAAGCUAGUAGCAGCUACGGAAGAAGCAAUCAAGUUGAUGAAGCAAGCUUAG